GAAAGAGUAAGCUGUACUUUUAUCAUUAUUUGAACUGCUGAGAGUGUUUCUUCCCAAUUAAUUAUCCCUGCAAGGGUAGUUUGGUCCAAAAAAUCGUAUCUGUCUUCUGUAUAUUUAAAGAGAAGCCAUUGACAAGUAGAAGAAGAAGAAGAGCAAAGGAAGAUAAGGAAAGGAAAAUGCUAGCCGUUAACACGGGAGCUCACUUCUUUCUUUUAAACCCUAAGAUUACAGGUCAAGUGCAAUGCAAAGAUAUCUUGGUCCCAUAUAAUUCAUUUGGAAGAAAGUUUUUAGCCCUUAGGAUUCAAUAUGAUUCAUUGAGGAUCUGUACCAACUUUCCUGCAGUUCAAGCUAUAACAUCAGGUUUGGAAGAUGCUGAAGUUUCCACUGUGCAAUAUGAAGAAUUCUCUGUCAGUACAAGUGUUACUGACAGUUCUAAUGAGCUAAAGAUUACAGUUGAUGUAUCGGGGAGCAAAACUCAAGAAAUUUUCGAUGAUGUAUUCUCAAAAAUGGUUGCUGAAGCUCCGCCUAUUCCAGGAUUUCGGAGAGUAAAAGGAGGGAAGACUCCGAAUAUACCAAGAAGCGUUCUUUUGGAAGUUCUUGGACAUUUGGACGUUUAUAACCGAGUUAUCAAGCAAGUGAUCAACUUGACUAUUGGUGAAUACGUGGAGAAGGAAGGUCUAAAAGUUGGCAAGAACUUGAGCAUUGAGCAGAGUUUUGAAGAGCUUGAAGCCUUAUUUGUGCCUGGUAAUCCAUUCAGAUUUACUGCAACUCUGAAGCUUUAAUUACACUUUGGAUUAUGGCUUUUCAGUUCAAUUUUGUGAAUUCUGGGUCCAAAAAUAUUACACUACUUCUUAUGGUAGAAAUUACCUUUCAAUUAAAGUUCUUUUUUUUUUUUUUUUUUUAAAUAUUUCUUGUUGAUCAAUAACUUUUUUUUUUUGGUUCCCCUAUUGGGUUAGUAACCCUUGUCUCCAUUCUUGUUAUGAUCAUUAUUUGCUUUUUGAG